AUGGACGAGCGUGCGAAGGCGUAUUGGGCUGCUGUUUUGAAUAUGUUCCAAACCGUCUUCAUUUGUCUAGUCCUGGGAACAGGGGCGAUAUUCUUUUCGAGAGAUGCCAAUCUGCGAGAAUUUGUGAGUUUGAAGUCCAACGCCUACUACGACAACACGGCUUAG